UAACUAAAAGSCAACUUCAAAUAGAAUAUGAAUUGUUAGCUUUAAGAAUCCAAAUUCCCAGGGAAACCAGCCCAGUUCCAAUGRCUAUAUAAACCCAAGAAGCAUCGAGUACAAUCGUUCUCUACACGGASUGAAGAAGCAAAAUGGCAUCGGAGAAGAUACUCAUGGUGGUUCUUGCCGUCGUCUUUGGUUUGAUUCAAGCCGGCGAACUUCCUGAAAACGACCCGUCAGGAUACUACCGUCCGCCCUGUAAAUGGGGAUCAUGGUCCAAGUGCUCCAAAACAUGUGGAGGAGGAACACAACAAAGGAAAUGUACCUAUGAAUAUCCUUACGGUCGCCGUACACCUUACUAUCCAAAUUACAGGGUCCAGACAAGACCUUGCAACACUAACUGCUGUCCAGUGAAUGGUGGAUUCAGCGCAUGGACCAAAUGGGGUGAUUGCGGACGUAACUGUUACCAAGUACGCAGACGCUACUGUACCAAUCCAAAACCACGUUGCGGAGGAAAAAAAUGUCGUGGACCACGACGUCUAGAGAGGAGGUGUUCUCGUCCCUACUGCGCUUAUUAUCAAGGUUAACAAUAUGAAGCACACCCAAGAAACAAAGAAAAGUAACAUAAAGGAGAAUACUAUAAAUAUUUUAGAGUGAUAUGUUAAUACUAAAUGUAGUUUCAAAUAAAAUUCAAAAUGAGCAUUGAAUAAUUUAGCACUAAUUGCAUGGCAUAUGCUUUACUAUCUUUCCUAUUUCUAUAAUUUCCCUUGUUUGGCAUCCAUAAUUUGAUUAAAGUACAAACAAUGAUCUCCUUCACAGUUCCCUCCACCAUAUCUUGAAUGUUUGCAUCAAAGCAAGAUGACCAUUGAGUGUGCAAUSAUAGAUUGAUYCCCGUGAAUGAUUGUUUUAGACAUGUAAGAAGGUUUAUCACUGCAAACUCACGUGUUGUCUCACUUUGAUGCACAGCUACCUUUUAAGAUGYCACAGGGAACUGUGAAGGAAACUUAAUUACCCAUGAAAAAGACAGGUAGCAAAAAGGCACUAAAAGUGCUUAAUGCUUUGGGACUGUCUGCACCGAUUGAAACAUAUAUCAUGAUAGGGUGAGGUUGGUGAUGGACAGACAAUAGAAACAUCGUCUUCCAAAUAUUAAAUCAUAACCUAACCUAACAAUAGGGGUGC